AGCACGUGAAACUAAGGUGCCAACUGCCAACUGCCAAGGCUCCGCGGGGACGGCAGGGCACAGCGGCCAAAGCUGCACAGCAUCAUCACUCAUCGCCUUCCAGUUAGCUCUUCGACCUUCUCUCUACUCUCUGGUACUCUUGCAUUUUCUUCGUUUUUCUUUCAUUGUUGUGCAGAGGAAGUCAUGGACCCUUCUGAACUUAGGUACUUGGCGGAUGAGGAUACACCAACAAUGAAAACUGUCAAGGGUGCAACAACGGGUUUGGUUGCUGGCACUAUCUGGGGGACCAUAGUUGCAACCUGGUAUGAUGUUCCCCGUGUUGAGAGAAAUGUUGCUCUUCCUGGUCUUUUAAGAACUUUAAAGAUGAUGGGAAACUAUGGGAUGACAUUUGCUGCAAUUGGAGGAGUUUACAUUGGUGUGGAGCAGUUAGUGCAGAAGUAUAGGAUGAAGAGAGACUUUGUGAAUGGAGCUGUUGGUGGCUUUGUGGCUGGAGCAACUAUUCUGGGUUACAAAGGAAGGAGCAUCUCAACUGCAAUUUCUGCUGGAACUGCCUUAGCAGUCACUUCUUCAAUUAUUGAUAUCGGUGGUCAAACGACAAGAGUCGACAAUGGGAAGGAGUACUAUCCUUACACCACCAAGAAAAGAACUAGUGCUGAUUCAUAAGUACACCCUCAUGUUAGUAUGAGAAUUUGUAUUGCCCUUUUUUGAACCAAACAUUUGUUUCUGACUGGAAUUUCUUACUCGGCUGUCUUCCUGUAUGUUGCUGAAUUCGAUCUUUUCAAUAAUCUGCUGUCAAUUAUCACUCUGAAUUACCUUAUAAUUGAUGCUUAUCCUUGUAAUGAUGACUUCUACAUGGCUGGGAAGCUUGGGACAUAGCUCAAUGUUGUA